CCAUAUCAUCGAAAAUCAGUAAAAGGCGAUUCGCAACCGUCUUGUGCCCUCCGUGGGCUUUAAGCCAUUUGAUUAACUUGUCUUGUUCAUUCAUCACAUCGACCAGCAUCUGUUCAUUGUAAUCGUCGAGAAAACAUUCAUCGGGGAUAUAUCCUGUGAAAUCAUCCUCGUCGACAAUAUCGUCUUCCUUCUCCCGUUCUCUAGCCAACUCCAUCGGUUCACGCCCUACGACAACGCCUGAAAGGUCGCGGGCCCUUUUCGUUUCGAGGGAUUUGACAAACUUUUCGAGUUUUGUGUUGCGCGCCAACAGUUUCUGGCCCUUGACCCAAUCCUAUGAGAAAAAUGAGGAAAUGGACACCAGCAAAUAGAAGAGUGGUUAGAAUCGAGUUGGACGAUUCAGAAACAGAAUUCAGAUCUAUAAACGCUGCGGCAAAAUCAAUCGGGGUAUCCCAACCAACGUUAUGGUAUCACUUCAAAAAACACGGCAAUACUCAAUUCCGUUAUCGGGGUUACGAAUGGAAAUACGCCAAUCAAGACCUCAUGUUACAGCCUGGCGAGUACGAAGUAUGGUUUGACCACCCAACCCUACCAGUCAAAGUCUCGUCACAUGGGCGUAUAGAACAUGCGAACGGUGGACGUACGUUUGGGUACAUCGGCAGUAACGGCUACAUGCAAGUCAUGAUCAAGUACAAAAACUACCUCAUCCAUCGUAUUGUUGGAGACACAUUUUAUCCAGACGAAAAACAUUCGCUCCUUAAACACUGUUCACCCGAGAUUGACCAUAUCGACGGCAACACCAAAAACAACCGCGCAGAUAACCUCGAAUGGGUGACGCGGUAUGAAAACCAACGGCGAGCCAUCGUCAUGCUGGCCAACCGUAAACGGAAAAGACAAGAAGAGAAAUCGAGCAAAUUACAGAUCAACGUCGUCUUGCCGGACCCCUUUGACGCGACGAGCAGCAGCGACGUUUCGUGUGGAAGCAGCGCGGGGUGUGGUGGGGCGGGAUGGUGAUCUGUCUCAUCUUCCGGUACAGAAGCCACGUCCAGCGACAGCAAGGUGCCAUCACGGUCGCGUUGGUGGCCUGGCAACCCUUGUGCUACACGCACAGUUUGAUGUUUACGUACAAUUUUAGGCGUCACGUUCAUUGUGUACAAUACAAUGUUUAUUUGCAUUUAAAAAUCAAAGCAGUUUCCUAGCUGGUUUACGGUGACUACGGCCAAACGCUCUACCAAACAUUUCAGAAAACAAUUUAUCCUCCAAAGGGGCAACUUCAUUCUUUUGUUCGUCCCAUUUCUGUUGAGCAGCCGCAGCGACAGUAGGCGCCAAUUGAGCGUUGGUCUCAGUAGCCACUUUGUAGUCCAACACAUGUUUGAUGAUAUUGUUGUAAGAAUCGACAAACCAUUUCGGCGGGGCUCCGCUAGGCCGUUCCGUACGCUGUUUCUUCUUUUUAGGCUGUUCAACAGUGGGCUGGGUAGCUGGUUGUUCCACGGGCUGUUCAACAGGCUGUUCAACGACAGGAGGUUCAGGCACAGGCGGCUCAGGAACGGGUUCAGUAACAGGUUCGGGAACGGGCUCGACAGAAACCGAUUUCUUGGCUUGACGGCGUUCGCGGGCUAGCCGGUUACGACGUUGUUGAGGGGUUUCUGGCUCAUUAGUCGCCUCAGGCUGAGUAGUAGCUUCAGGCGGUUCCUCGACAGGAUUCUCUUUACGCUUACGACCUCCUUGUUUCUUGGCAGGUGGCGAACCACCCGUCAACACAUUGGUGAUAUCGGCGAGCGAGGCUUUAUAGAUUUUCGUCAUAAUGGAGAUGUGCACGCGCUGUGGUGUUGCUGGCGAACGGUUUCGGCGACGGCAAGUUUAGCGCUCUGAGUAUGUUGAUAGACCAACAGCCCAACAAGUGAGAUCAAAGGUACAAAGACAACAAAUAUGAUGGCACACCAAAACUGAACAGGACUGAGCACAACCAUAUAUUGGUGUAAUAAAAAGUGGGAAAGGGGAAAUCCGUUGCUAUGCUGUCUAUUUAUGCUUUUUCGACACCGAGAAAGUACCUCAACGUAUCGUCUAUGAAAACAGGUGCACGUAACCCAAAUAUCCCUUCGAAAUAUAAAACGAUAGAUUUCCAAGGAACAACGAGAUCAGGAUCGUCAGGAAAAUAAAUGACAAAACUAGGGUCGCCAAACGUGUUGUCCUUUAUACGGUCGACAGGUGCAGAAACGAAUCCAUGCAUGGUCAUGAAAACGAAUCGAUGAUGUUGAACGUUGUGAAAUGUUUCGAAAAGCCACGUCUCGUCAUGGCCAUGGAGGGCAUCUACCAUCGGACAAAAGUUGUGUUUAUGCAUCGUAUUGAUGAUCUCUCCUAAUCGGAAGAUGUGGAGUCGACGGUCACGUCCCACCACCCAUCCUCAUCACAACUACUACGACUAGUGUCACUUUCGUACGUCGGAGUAGGGUUUGCCUGUACCGCCCAUACUGGUGACUGCGGUGUGAUUGGUUUUAAGUCCUUGGAUGAACCCAACGGCUCCUUUGACAAGCUUGGCGGCGGCUGCGGCUUUGCUAAUCGUAUCGUGGGAGGGAUGAUAUCUUUUCUUUGUGGAGGAUGAUGGAAUAGAUCCGCCGGGUCGAACUUUGGCGGUUUGACCUUUCCCGUUACGAACGAGACGCCGGCCUUUUUGUCCAGAGCCAGUCUUUGCUGAGGUGUCAAUCCUAAGGGCUGUUUGGGCCUUUUGGCGUUUGGAAUGUGGCGUUUUGGUUGGGUUUUUACCCUUGGCAUUGGGUUUAACCAUCACGAAGGAAAUAGGGGAAAAGAAUGGCCAAUGGUAUUUAUAAGAGUAGGUUACAUUUAAAAAAUAAUUACAUGGCUUCAGUGUCAGCAUCGUGUACAACGGACGUAGACGGGGCUGCAGGAGGUUGGAGGACGGUCUUUCGUGGGGUGAGCUUAUCCAGAUUAAUGGUAUUGCGUCUCGGUUGUUGGGUCAAUGCUUUCUCACGGGCGAGGGUUGUACGGACCCUUUCCCGAAAUGCAUUAUUACGUAUAAGACGUUUGGG